AUGCGGCUGUACGUGGCCGGGCAGUACGGGCACGGCGAGCGCUGCGCCGUGUGCGAGUGGAAGUGGUGCCACCGGUUGGACACCUCCUUGCCGCACGACUUGCAGCGCCACAGCGCCGCGCUGUCGGCCACGGCCACGAACAUGCUGUGGUACGAGUACGGCGCCGCGCCCGCGCCGCCCGCCGCGCGCUCUGCAACAACAAGCCGCUACAGCGCGCCCCCGACACGCCCGACACCCCGACGCGCGACACUCCGCCGCCGAUUGCCGCUCUGGCUCUACGCUGUCAUCUCUUCACGACAAGGCUGCUCGUUUACAAAGUGUAAAUCUGGUCGAGCCUUAAUAAUUUACACAGUUAAAUUUAUAUUUUGCAGGUGGGUGUGGAGCAUGUGA